AUGUCUGAAGUAAUGUUUAAGCGAAUAUUACUAGCGGUCUUACUAGUAUUGGGAGUAAGCUUACCCUCGACCUACGCACAAUGUUCUACGAACUUUGUCAACGGAACGGACUAUUUCCCUUCAAAAGUCACUUUUGACGGCGACUCUGACUUCCAAGUGACUUAUUAUAAUUCAUACAAGAUUGUCAACAAUACUCUUGCAAACGAGACAUACGUAUUGUAUUGUACUGCUUAUAGUCCAACAAAUAUCGGAGUUCCUUCUAAUGCAAAGUAUAUACAAGUGCCUGUGGUUAAGAGCAUUGCCGUUACCGAUAUUAGUGCUAUUGGGUUUUUGAAGGCAAUAGGCAUGGAGAAAAACGUAACUUAUGCCACGAAUCCAGAGAAUGUUACAGCUCCGUGCUUACAACAGUCAAUAAGUAACUUCACUGGGGCUAGCAACCAAAUCGGUGUCGUUUUUACGAACACGCCCGCGGCGGAUGGAAGUUACGUGACCCUUUCUUUAAGCGAUGAUAUGUCUCCGUUGCAGAAAGCAGAUCGUGUGAAACUUGUCUCCCUUUUCUUCGACAAGGAGGAUGAGGCCAACACAUAUUAUAACGCUACCCAAACCGCCUAUUCUUGCCAUGCUCAGAACGCCAAAAUUUCUUUACAAGAUAAGAACAAGAAAUCUAUUGCUUGGGUUGCGUAUGAUGGGAGUGCAUAUAACAUAAUUGCCGAUAGCUAUCACAUGAAUCUUACCCAAGAUGCAGGUGCCCUUCCCUUGACUACCAAGGCGACUUCGUAUACCAAUCUUAACGACUUCCAGACGGCCGUUUUUAAUGUUGAUUUCCUAAUUGACCUUACUUACUUUGAUCCGAAUCAGUUGACUUGGAGUAAUUGGCUGAAACUGUUUGGAUACGUCGAAAAUGAUGAUGACAAUACUCCCGAUUUCAUAAAUAAGAAAAGAGUCUAUCGUAUCGGAGGCUUACAAAAUCCAAGUGGACACGAGGAUUGGUUUGAAAAUGCUGAGGCAAUGCCGGAUAUUGUGUUAAAGGAUUUGAUUUCGAUACAGUAUCCAUUAUACGUAAAAAGCUAUAGGCCGACCUGGUUGCUGGAUUUUGCUGCCGCUGAGCCACCGACGAUCGUCAAUGCAACUGAUUGUGUCAGCGGACAGAGCCCUGACACUUGUACGAUUGGUGCAUUUAAUGUAGAAGAUGAUGGUGGUGACGACGGUGACAAUAACGGUGAUGACGGAAACGACAGUAAUGGGUCACAUGGCCUUGCUAUCGGGUUAGGUGUUGCUGGUGGAUUGCUUGCACUAGCUUCGAUUAGUGCUGGUGCAUUUAUUUUGAGAAAGAAGUAUAAGGAGAAAUUCUUUGAACUCAAAGAAGAACCGUCUGUGCAAUUGACAGAAGUUAAUGGAGAGAUUAGGCUGACGCAGAUUAAGCAGUGA